AUGCCUAUGCCUACGCUCGAGCGCCCAUUCGGGGUGCACCUCUGGCCAUACUUUAGCAAGGGCUUCACGGCCGUCACUGGCAAAUCCCCAGCAGACUUCCACCUCGUCCCAGGUGUCACGCCCAUGACCACGCUGCAAGGCACGGUCGUCUCGCUGUGCACUUACUACGUGGUGAUUCUGGGCGGCCGCCAGCUGAUGAAGAACGUGCCUGCAUUCAAGCUGCAAACGCCGUUUAUUAUCCACAACUUCAUCCUCACCCUGAUUAGCGGUGGGCUACUGGCUCUGUUCCUCGAACAGAUGCUGCCGACUCUCGCGAAUGAUGGGGUGCUGCAUGCAAUCUGUGAUGCCCGCGGAGGCUGGACUGAUGAACUAGUUGUUCUCUACUACCUCAACUACCUAACCAAAUACCUCGAACUCGCCGACACGGUCUUCCUCGUCUUAAAGAAGAAGCCACUCACCUUCCUCCACACCUACCACCACGGCGCAACAGCCCUCCUCUGCUACGUCGAACUGGUCGGGCGCACGUCCGUGUCCUGGGUGCCCAUUACACUCAACCUGACCGUCCACGUCGUCAUGUACUGGUACUACUUCCAGAGCGCGCGCGGGAUCCGCAUCUGGUGGAAGCGGUAUAUUACCAUUUUGCAGAUUUUGCAGUUUGUGAUCGAUAUUGGCUUCAUCUACUUCGCCUCCUACACGUACUUUGCCUCGACCUAUUUCCCCUGGGCUCCCAAUGCGGGCAACUGCAUGGGCGAGGAGUACGCCGCGGGCUUCGGGGUGUUUAUCAUCAGCUCGUACCUGCUGCUCUUCAUCUCGUUCUACCUGACGACGUACAACGCCAAGGCGCCCAAGCUGUUUAAUCAGGCGUCGCGCGCGUCGAGGGCGCUGUCGGCGUCGGCGUCGGGGCAGCAGAAGAAGGGUCUGUGA